UACUUUGCCCGCUCAAGGUCCUUCAAUUGCCGCCAUUUCUUCAUUCCCAUCGGCUCUCAAUCUGAAUACCACUCGUCUCUUUUUUCCCCCCCGAUUGUGGGGCCGUUCACUCUUCGGAGAAAUUUCAGUAAUUCGAUGUGGAUCAACUCUGCAUUUCUUUGCAUCUUUGAGCUAUAACUUAAGUCUCUCUCUCCAAGUUGUUCUGUUAAUUGUAGACUCCAUUGAGAGAUGUGGGCGAACAUAGCCAAGCGAACUUCCUUGAGGAAGUUUAAACUAUUCUCUGAAUCCUCUUAUGUGCCUUCUUUAAGUUACAUGAGGUUUUCCGAAGGCUGGAGUUUCCUAGGGAGGAUAAGCCCCUCCGAAACACAAACGCCGGCAAACUCGAGAUUGCCAGGUGUGGGGUUUUAUCAAGUUGGUGUAUUUACUUCUAAAAAUGAGCUGGGAAUUCCCAAUUUUCGGCUUUCUGAAGACCCCUUGGGUUCUUAUUUUUCUUUGAGGUCGGCUAGAGGUUUUGCUAGUGUUGCUGAGGCUAUUGAGUCCGAAGAGUCUGAAGAAGAUUUUUCUGGGUCCGAUGACAAUCAGCAGUUGUUUGGGCAAAUGAAAAAACAAGCGAAGGCGCAACCUCAGGCGCAGAAACCAGUGCAUGAGAUGGCGGGUGCAGCGAGACACAGAUAUAAAAUGCUUUGUAGAAGGCAGGUUAAGAUGGAGACAGAGGCAUGGGAACGUGCCGCCGAAGAAUAUCAAGAAUUAUUGGCAGACAUGUGUGAGCAGAAGCUUGCACCCAAUUUGCCGUAUAUGAAGUCGUUGUUCCUUGGUUGGUUUGAACCCCUGCGGAAUGCAAUUGCCGCGGAGCAAGAGGCUUGCAGAAACAGCAGCGCGAACACUCAUGCGCCUUAUUUUAAUCAAUUGCCUGCGGAGAUGAUGGCAGUCAUUACCAUGCAUAAAUUGAUGGGAUUGUUGAUGACAAAUAGUAGUGGUAUAGGCAGCACUCGAGUAAUCCAAGCCUCUCUUCAGAUAGGUGAAGCGGUCGAACAGGAGGCUAGAAUAUACAGAUUUUUGGACAAGACAAAGAAGAGUAAGAAGAAGAAGAGCACUACUACUGUCAGCCCUGAUGGACAAUCUAAUCCUGCAACACCAGGAGAAUGUAAUGUGAUUGAAGAUAGUGAAAAAGUGGCUAGUGAGCAGGAUAAAUUAAGGAAGAAAGUUGCAAAUUUAAUGAAAAAACAGAAGAUCCGAAAAGCAACAGCACUAGUAAAGACAUUUGAUGCUUCAAAGCCUUGGGGGCAGGAAGGUCAAGUAAAGGUUGGAAGUCACUUAAUUCAACUGUUAAUAGAUUCAGCUUACAUACAGCCCCCAGUGGAUCAAGUAGGAGACGGCCCACCCGAUAUACGCCCUGCAUUUGCGCAUGCUCUCAGAAAUUUCACUAAUGAUUCACAGAAUAGUAGGAGAUAUGGUGUUAUUGAAUGUGACCCCUUGGUCCGGAAGGGCCUUGAGAAAUCUGCCAGGCACAUGGUCAUCCCAUACAUGCCAAUGUUGGUGCCACCUCGUAACUGGACAGGGUAUGACCAAGGAGCAUACUUGUUUUUGCCAUCAUAUGUGAUGAGAACACAUGGAGCAAAGCAGCAACGUGAAGCAGUUAAAAGGACUCCCUUGAAGCAACUAGAACCUGUUUUUGAGGCUCUUAAUACCCUUGGCAAUACCAAAUGGAGGGUAAACAAAGGGGUUCUUAGUGUGGUAGAUCAGAUAUGGGCCAAUGGCGGCGGUCUUGCAGAUUUGGUGGGCCGAGAAGAUGUUCCCAUCCCAGAGGAACCAGACACAGAAGAUCAAUCAGAAGUCCAAAAAUGGAAGUGGAAAGUCAAAGAUAUCAAAAAGAAGAAUAGCGAUAUGCAUUCACAGCGAUGUGACAUAGAACUUAAGCUGGCGGUUGCACGGAAGAUGAAGGAUGAAGAAGGCUUCUACUACCCUCACAAUCUUGAUUUCCGAGGACGUGCUUAUCCCAUGCACGCAUAUUUGAAUCAUCUUGGUUCUGAUUUAUGCCGAGGAAUUCUGGAAUUUGCUGAGGGACGCCCUCUAGGGAAGUCAGGCCUGCAUUGGUUGAAAAUACAUUUGGCAAAUUUGUAUGCUGGUGGUGUGGACAAGUUGAGUUAUGAGGGUCGAAUCAUGUUUGUUGAGAACCAUCUGGAUGAUAUAUUUGAUUCUGCGGACAGGCCUCUUGAAGGAAGGCAAUGGUGGUUAGAAGCAGAGGAUCCUUUUCAGUGCCUUGCAGCAUGUAUUAAUCUAUCUGAAGCAUUGAGAAGUCAGUCUCCCGAGUCCACUGUUUCUCAUCUGCCUGUCCACCAGGAUGGUUCGUGCAAUGGCUUACAACACUAUGCAGCCCUUGGGAGGGACAAGUUGGGAGCUGCUGCAGUCAAUCUUGUCUGUGGAGACCGGCCUGCUGAUGUUUAUUCAGGAAUUGCUGCAAGAGUACUUGAAAUCAUGAGAAGGGAUUCAGAGAAAGAUCCUGAAACUUAUCCAAAUGCGUUGCUUGCUAGACGUUUGAUCAAUCAGGUGGACCGGAAAUUGGUGAAGCAGACGGUGAUGACAUCAGUCUAUGGUGUGACUUAUAUUGGUGCCCGUGACCAGAUCAAGCGGAGGCUAAAAGAGCGUAAUGCCAUAGAGGACGAUUCAGAGAUGUUUGGUGCAGCUUGUUAUGCGGCAAAAACCACUCUCACGGCUUUAGAAGAGAUGUUUGAGGCUGCAAGAAGCAUCAUGAAUUGGCUUGGAGAAUGUGCUAAGGUGAUAGCCUCAGAGAAUCAACCAGUGCGGUGGACCAGUCCUCUUGGGCUUCCUGUAGUACAACCUUACAGACAAGUAGGAAGGCAACAUGUUAAGACCAGUCUUCAGAUAUUAACGCUACAACGUGAGACUGACAAGAUCAUGGUUAAGCGGCAGAGAACUGCUUUCCCCCCAAAUUUUGUUCACUCUCUUGAUGGUUCUCACAUGAUGAUGACUGCGGUUGCUUGUAAGAAAGCAGGAUUGAACUUUGCAGGAGUACAUGAUUCAUAUUGGACACAUGCUUGUGACGUCGAUAUGAUGAACAAAAUACUGAGGGAAAAGUUUGUUGAACUUUAUGAGGCUCCAGUUCUAGAAAAAUUGUUAGAGGGUUUUGAGAAAUCUUUUCCAUCAUUGAAGUUUCCUCCUCUACCUGCCCGAGGAGACUUUGAUCUACGAGAGGUUCUAGAAUCAACCUACUUUUUCAACUAGAUAUUGAAAAUUCAAAUUGCUGUUCGAGUUCUUCCUCUACCUGGGGAGUUUAGUCCCAAUGAUGGGAUUGGCAUUGUAUCUUCUAUGGGCACGACAGGUUUCAAUCGCCAUGAGGAGAGGCAUGUAGAAGAAAGAAAAUUGCAAUGCAAAAUUUGGGCAGCCAAAAUCUUUCUUGCCCUUGCCAGGCGAUCGUCUGUACAUAAACAUUGUCACAGCAGUUUUUCUUCAUGAAGAGACGUCCUUCGUAUAGGACUCCAGUCAUGUGCUACAUGUUAACUAUUCAUCAAGGAUACUUGGAAAAAUGGCGAUUCAACUUGAGAUCGUCAGACGGCACUCCAAAUAGACCUUGAGAAAAUGAUCUGCGAAUUGCUCGGAUCAGAUGCAAAGCAAAAGGAUUGAAGCCUUGGUAUUUCAUUCAAUAAGGCAAACAUAUUCGAGACGGAUGCUUCUACACUGCCUCUUGCAAAGGAGGCCAAAAUGAGUUGUCACGAUUCUUUUGUUUUUUUUUGUUUUUUGUUUUUUGUUUUGGCCUUUCAUGAGUCUUCUAAUAUAUUUUCUUGUUUUCAUUUUUGCCUUGGGGGAAGGGUGGUUUAGAAGAAUGUACCCAUUAUACCGGGGGAACUGUAAAAUGGCUGUGAUACUGAUUUUAUCAUUUGAAUUAAUAUGUAGAGUAAAUAGUACCAAUAGAAACAAUUUUACUC